AUGCUGAGCUACCCAUCAUGCUCUGUAGGAAAACAGCUAUUUAUAAAGAUAGAGUUGGCAAAUCAGACCAUGGUGCCAUUUUACAUACUGAAGGGUAUCUCUGAUGUCCCUGAACUUCAGACUAUGAUAUUUCUUCUGGUUCUUCUCAUAUAUCUCAUCACCCUUGGUGGAAAUAUGACUAUUUUUCUGCUUAUCUGCCUGGAUAAUCAGUUGCACACACCUAUGUAUUUCUUUCUAGGAAAUUUAUCUCUCCUGGACAUGUGUUGUACAACUCUCACUCUACAUAAGGUCCCUCUGAACUACAUAUCAGGGGAUAACAGUGUUUCUUUACCCGCUUGUAUGACACAGAUGUAUUUAAUUCCAUCUUUAAUGGCUGAUGAACUGUUAGUAAUCACUGGCAUGAGUUUUGAUCGUUAUGUUGCCAUCUGUAACCCUUUGCGCUAUCAUAUGAUCAUGAACCGUAGACUAUGUGGUCUGUUGGCGACCAUCUGUUGGGUACUUGGGUUUAUUUAUAUUAUUCCUUACAUCAUCCUGUUAUUACGUUUUACUUGCUAUACUGCUAAUGUAAUAAACCACUUUUAUUGUGAUCUUGUCCCCUUAAUUAAGAUGUCGUGCAGUGAUACCACUGCUCUUGAACUUGUUAUUCAGUUUGAGGGAACCUUGCUUGGCGUUUUGAUCCCUAUUUCUCUAACCUUUAUUUCUUACAUUCUUAUCAUUGCUGCCAUUCUGAGAAUUAGUUCUAGCACCGGGAGACGUAAAUCCUUCUACACGUGUUCCUCACACCUCACAGUUGUCAUUCUUCUAUACACCACUCUCAUCUGCCAAUACCUGACUCCAACCUCAAUGGACAGCUUGGAUUAUAACAAGCUGUUUUCUCUUUUUAUUGUAGCUGUCGUCCCCAUGCUCAAUCCCAUGAUAUAUAGCUUAAAAAAUAAAGAUGUAAAAGCAGCACUGAAACGGAGAUUGAAGUUAUUGUAA